CGUUACAUUCGCUUCUUAGUGGCAUGUCUAUUCUCCCUUCAAACAUUCUUCAUUUUUGUAGUACUUUAUAGUACUUUGCAGAACAAUAGAGCCGAAAUGUUUAGAGUUGUUGUCGAAGUUGUGAAAUUCACGGCCUUUGUUGUUGCUGGCUGCAAAUUGCUGUUGUUAAAACUCCAUCGGAAAUCGAUUACCAGUAUCAGGAGUUACAUUAAUGAUGCGCGUAUGAUCACCAUUGAUGACAGCUAUGAUUUGCUUGAACUGAGCAAGUUCAAGCAUCGAUCUAUGACAAUGAUACGUGGCAUUUAUGGCUUAAUCGUGAUCGAUACGGUUCUACUUUUUAUACCAAACGACACCACAGAAAUGGCUUUUGAUAGGCGAUCUGAUACACUGCCUUUCAUGUCACUUGAGCGUAAUAUUUACCGGUUACUCUUCUUAACACUUCUGCCAGUGGGAUUCUUGCCGAAAUUUUUCAGCAGCAUGGCGACCAUUGGAUCUCUUUUGUUAGGAAUGGAAGCCAACUUUAAAAUUUUAGCCAACCGCUUUCGUUCGAUUUUGAGUCAACCGUUUGUUAUCAAUGGAACUGACUGGGAAAAAAUGAAUAGUGAAUUGAGGGAUACUCUGAAACAGCAUCUGGAAUUUUGGUGCCACUUUAAAGCCUUGAAGAAAUUGGUCGGAGAAACAUUCUUUCUUGUUCAUUAUUUUUCAAUCAUGAGCAUCGGGGCUCUGUGCUAUAUUUGUCAAGCCAUUGGAGUGAACUUUUUGUCAUUUGUCGUUAUGGCAACACUGGCAAUGUUUCUUAUGGAAUACUACAUGUUUUGCCAUUUUGUUGAUUCUUUUCAAGAUGUUGCUAACUGUAUUGGCGAGCAUAUUUUCCAGAUUGCUAUUCUUAUGCCCCACAACCGGAAGAACCACUCACAUUACAUUGGUUUCCGAACAGCGUUGAUGAUAAUCUGGAUGAACACGCGUCGCGAAGUUUCCAUGGACUGCAUGGGGUUAUUCAACAUUUCAACUGCAGCUUUUCUCCACGUGCUUAACAUUGCUUACACAGUGUUGACAUUUCUAAUCCAAAUGAGUUAAUUCUAAACCAUAACUUUAUUAUGCCGUAUAAGAAAUUAUUUGAAAGUUCAGCAAUUCAAGCUAAGUAUAAAACAUUGAUUUAGAACAAGGAGAGGUUAGAAUUCACAGUUAUAUCAAAUACGUAAUGUUCUAUACUGCAGUAGAGAGUCUCAUGGUUUUAUAUUA